AUGACUGUGGUUUCCACAUUCCUGGCUAUUGAGUAUGCUCGGUGCUAUCAAAGAGCCAGGCUAAAAUAUUUUGCUCUUUUCCAGGCUCACAUUAAAUUUCCUAUCGACUAUCCAUAUUCACCACCUACCUUCAGAUUCCUGACCAAAAUGUGGCACCCCAACAUUUAUGAGAAUGGAGAUGUAUGUAUUUCAAUUCUUCACCCACCUGUAGAUGACCCACAAAGUGGAGAGCUGCCAUCUGAGAGGUGGAACCCUACCCAAAAUGUCAGGACUAUCUUACUGAGUGUAAUCUCUCUGCUUAAUGAGCCCAACACGUUCUCUCCUGCCAAUGUGGAUGCAUCAGUCAUGUUCAGGAAAUGGAGGGACAGUAAAGGAAAAGACAAGGAGUAUGCUGAAAUCAUAAGGAAACAGGUUUUGGCUACCAAAGCUGAGGCAGAGAAGGAUGGCGUGAAGGUCCCCACUACGCUGGCAGAGUAUUGCAUCAAAACUAAAGUGCCUUCCAAUGACAACAGUUCAGAUUUGCUUUAUGACGACUUGUAUGAUGACGACAUUGAUGAUGAAGAUGAGGAGGAGGAGGAUGCCGACUGUUACGAUGAUGAUGACUCUGGCAACGAGGAGUCGUGACCUGCUCCCUUUAUGCCCCUGUACUGCCCUGCCGACUCAGGCCAGAAGGGAGCAGCGGUAACCUAGCAGCAGUCCAGCAAAAAAGUGUGGGGGGGGGAUCAAAAAAAAAAACUUUGUCUCCUGCUGUCUCCUGUUGUAUGGAUCUGUUUGCUCCUUUUUUAUGGACCUCUUAGAGACCCUCCACAGAAUGUCUGAAUUCUUGCAUUCUUAACCCUUUCAUCACUGUAUUAUGAUUUCUUUUUAAAAAAGAAACUCCCCUUUUCACUUCUCUACAAAACGCUCACAGCGAAACAGGUUUGCUCGCGUUUAGAUUCUUGAAUUAAAUACAGUCUUGCAUUGAGAUGUUUAAUGUA